CAAUUCAGUGUCCUCCUCUACGUGGACGUCCUGCACAACGCAACACUUACAACAGCAUCUGCACCCACUCAUGCCAUCUUCCUGGCUACAGCUUUGCCGCAGGACAGAGUGGCACCAGGGUCUGCCGAGCUGAUCGCUCAUGGACUGGUUCACCCCAACAUGUUGAUCCAGUGUGCAGAUCUCUCCUACCACACUGGUCAGAGGAGGACGUGUUCAUCACAGUUCAACUACGGCUCUGUCUGCCAGUUUGAAUGUCGGUCAGGCUUUGUGUUGACCGGUGGUCAGGCGAGUAUUGAAUGUCAGAGACAAGGAGAUGCAGGAGUGUGGAGUGCACAGCAGCCAACCUGCCAAGGUCAGUACAAGAAUACAGCACUCUGUCACCUGCCCUGCGUGACUGCACCAGUCAACGGUGGAAUUUUCAACAACACCAGCUGCUCGACAGCCUAUGGCUCUUGGUGUCGGUUCACUUGCGACGCCGGGUACCAGCUGACUGGCAGUGGAGUGCGUCGCUGUCUGGCACAGCCUGGAGCAGCUCAGGGAUACUGGGAUGGCUAUGAUGCUCGCUGCGAAGUGCAAACCUGUCCACGAGCCUACAUCCCUGCCAAUGCUUACAUCAGCAACUCACAGGAUUGCCCAGCUACUGAUCAGAUCCCAGCAGGGACUACAUGCCGCUACGCCUGCCAACCAGGCCAUGUACUGACUGGGUCUACUGAGGUGACGUGUGGCAACGAUGGAACUGGAACUCAAACUUCCCAGACUGUCAAGUUGUCACCUGUGACAGCAGUUGAACUGCCCGCACCACAGAACGGCUUCAAGAAUGGCUGCCCCCACGCAGAGGAAAUCUACAGCACGACGUGCACGCUGGGUUGCAAUCUGGGCUACAUGCCCACCCAGCCUACUUACGUCAUGUGUACUGACGACGGGAAGGCACGGCAACCCGUCCAAUGUGAUCCACUAGAGAUUCCUGGAGCACCAGGCUACCUGCCUUUGUCCUGCACACUCAUGGAGUGGCGGUAA